AUGAUACUCCCCCGGAAUCACGCCAAUUGGGUCUGGAGCUUGGCAUGGUCCCCUGAUGGGAGCAGGCUUGCUACUGGAGGCUCCGAUGCCCGGAUCUUGAUAUGGGAUGCACAGGAAGCAGCAGAAGGGGCACAGCGGGUCCAAGAACUAAGUGCGCGAGCUGCGAUGGACCCCUCCUGGGCGCAAACAGCUGCAGAGGAAGCUGAGAAGUCUGUGUUUGUCAGCAUGUCCGUUGUCAGUAGAAGCUGUUUCCGGCUCGAGUCUGACUCGCAUUCUGCCAUGGCAUGCAGCUCACAUUUCCGAAGGCGAUGCUCAGACUUUGGACAAGCAUUGAGCAGAUCUGUCUCCCAACGGUUCCGGAGAUCGUUUUCCUCAGAGGUCGUUGCGGCGACGGUGGCGAAUCCUGUGCCUAAUGGGAUUCCGCAGCCAAUUCAACCCGUUCUGUGGGGCACCAGUAUGAAGGCACUGGUGAAGACGGAGCGUGCGGAGGGCCUGACACUGACCACGGUUCCAAAGCCUGCCGUCGGGCCAAACGAUGUUCUGAUUGAGAUCCAGAAGACGGCCAUUUGUGGCACGGAUGUGCAUAUCUAUGACUGGAACGAGUGGGCCGUGCGAACAAUUCCAACUCCCAUGGUCGUUGGGCACGAGUACUGUGGAAUAGUAAAGGAGCUUGGUUCAGAAGUGACUGGCCUCAAAGUCGGCGCCCGUGUCACAGGAGAAGGCCACAUCACAUGUGGCGUGUGUCGGAACUGUCGAGCCGGCAGACGACACUUGUGCAGAGAAACUGUUGGUGUCGGUGUCAAUAGACCUGGAGCUUUUGCUGAGUACCUUUGCCUUCCUGCUUACAACGUCUUCCAGCUCAGCAGUGGUGUAUCUGAUGAUGUGGCUAGCUUCAUGGAUGCUUUGGGGAACGCCACGCACACUGCCCUGAGCUUCGAUCUGGUAGGCGAGGAUGUGCUGAUCACGGGAGCUGGACCCAUCGGAGUCAUGGCUGCGGCAAUUUGCCGCCAUGUCGGUGCACGCCACGUCGUAGUCACCGACAUCAACGAUUUCCGUUUGGACCUUGCCAUGAAGUGUGGAGCAACCAGAGCCAUUAAUGUUGGCCAGGGUGAUCCCACGGAAAGAAUCAGGUCGGUGAUGCGCGAACUUCACAUGACGGAAGGCUUCGACAUUGGCUUGGAGAUGUCUGGAGUUCCUGUAGCGGUGCACUCGAUGCUGGAUACGCUGAAUGUCGGUGCUCGCGUAGCUCUGUUGGGAAUACCAUCGAAGCCCUUCGCGAUCAACUGGGACCAAGUGAUCUUCAAGGGUCUUGAAAUCAAAGGAAUCUACGGCAGAGAAAUGUUUGAAACCUGGUACAAGAUGCAGAGUAUGUUGGUUGGUGGACUUCAGGACAAAGUGGCACCCGUGAUUACACACAGGUAUUCGGUUGAUCAAUAUCAAGCUGGAUUCGAUGCCAUGUUAUCUGGACAAGCCGGAAAAGUAGCGCCCAUCUCAGCCUGCAGGCAACAGGCCGCACCAGCGACGGCAGCCACGAGCCACGAGCAAACGACUCUGAACAAAGCGGCGGCCUUCAACUCCCGAAGGCCGUUCAUCGGCUUCUCACAGGACGCGCAUGCAUCGGAACUGGAUGCUUCUCAACUUGCCCAGCCUCUGACCUUCUGGCAGGCACAUGAGAAAAGCAUUCACGACCUUGUUUUUGCUCCAAGCGCAGGAAUCUCGCAUGCUCCUAUCCUGCGGAGCAGAAGGCUCUAUUGCAACUUAAGCCACAAGCCAUGUACCUCUAGCGCUGCGCACGCUGUGAUGCGAAGUCGCCGAAAGCUAUGGCUGCUCUCGGCUCUGCUUCCGGGACUGGCGGCUUUCAACGAGGUUCCCUGCAAGGAUCUGGAAGCUCUCGACUGUGGGCAUGAGUUCUUCAAUCAGAUUUACCAGCAGUUCCAGGAAGCGCAGCGCGAAGUCAUCAUUAUGCCCUUUAUUCUCAGGCCCAGGCUGAAGAUUUUCAGCUCCAAGCCGGAUCGAGCACCCGACACAUCCCUUGCAGACCUUAUCCGCGAGGCUGUCAGACGAAGAGUGCAUGUUUGGAUUUUGGGCUGGGACAAUGCCGCCUCCGAGAAGUACCUGGGAUUGUUUCAGGAUCACGAGUUCGAGCUGUUGUUUGAGUCUGCGGGCGAGGGGAAGCAGUACCUGCAUCUGAUGCUGGACACAGGCCGGCAGCUUCUUGCUUCAGUGUACUAUUUGCCACAUAUCAAAUCAUACGUGUUCGACCGCAGGGUUGCAUUCGUCGGCGGAAUUGACUUUGCAGAGAAUCGGCACGAUACGCCGGAACACGUCCGGCCUGAUCCACGUCUUGUUCAGGUGGCUGUUGACGCACGCCAUCCCACCGGAAACGAAAAGCCUUGGCAGGAUGCCAUGGUCAAGGUUAAAGGACGCGCCGCAGAACAAGUCGCCAUGAUCAUGGUGGAGCGCUGGUGGACUUACUGCAAAUCUGUCGGGUUGGCACGUGCCCAAGCGAUGCGGCCUGUUUCAGCGAUUCUCGACAGUACGUUGUGGAAUGUCAAGGGUGCGCUGCACGACAGCCUCUGGAAGGAUUUGCAAUGCAACCAGAUGCCGAACACCGGCAUCCUGGGGAAACUGCAGCUCAGCCUGGGUGGCGGAUUGUCAGAGGAGCGCCAAGUCCGGAUCGAGACACCUCAGAUACAGAGCGAGUACUUGGAUCCAAAUGCGGAUAAGUUCGUCGUCCUCAAGAGGGGAAAGGCUGAUGAGGUGGACAUCGUCGGUCUUCAUGCGCUGGAUGCCCAGGUCCCGGAGGAGAUUGCCAUCUCGUUGGAUGGGAUCCGUGUGCGGAUAUUCAAUUCUACGCAGACUCUUCACCAUGAUGGAGCAACGCUCACGGCGAGGUGGCUGCCGGAAGGUGUUGCUUAUGAGGGAGGAGAACAAAUGUGCAAAGUCACGCUGUCUGGUACCAACAUGUGGAUGGGCACGGCUACCACCGUGCAGGACAGCUACACAACAUUUCUCAGCAUGAUUCGCAAUGCGAAGAGGUUUGUUUUCAUCGAGAACCAAUACUUCUCCAGCGACUUCCCCUCAUCGUCACCGGAAUGUCAGCACGCGCACGAUCGUACAUCCGCUGUUCUGUACAGUGGUGCGACCAACCGUGUGGCCGAGGCGGGCCUUUACUGGUCGAGAGUGGAUCAAUCGUUAAGGCCUUUGAUGAAUCUUUGCGCCGGGCGCGGUUACGAGACCGAACUGCUGGGCAAAGCCUGGAAGGAUGGUGGUGCCGCUCUGUUCGUGGACUCUCGUUCCGAGGAUGGUUGUGUGAGGAGAACCAGCAAGUGGCAGGAGUUUUGGGGAGCAUUGGACUUUGUAAUGUUGCAGGCCGAGGUGCUGGCAGAGGUCAAGGAUGAGCACGAGAUCAUCUCGAUCAUGGAACUGCUUGGGUUCGUAGUGCUGGCCUGCCACAGGCUGGUCGCUUUGGCUCGGAUCGACUUGCCCAAGUUGCCCGCCAACUGGCGCACUCAAGUGAAUCAGUGCAUCCGGCCAUGGUCGUUGGUUCAGGACCUUGACCUCAUCUUUCUGCCCGACAUGCUGAUGGACGAGGUCUACGGCAUGCAGGUGCCGGGUCUAGGUGGUGUCUUUGCGGAGGUCCUGGCCGUUCCCGCAGUGGAGACACAAAGGGACAUCCCAGAGGUCAGCGACGAGGUCGCGCGGAUCGAGCUGGAGCAGCGCCUGCGUACCGCCGCCGGGCCGCCGAGCUGGCCGACGGUGCCACUGACGCCGCGUCACUGGCAAAGACUGCGCGCUGUGGGCCUCGGGGUGCCGGAGGACGAGGUGUUGCAAGAGGAUCCCUCUGCACCUGCUGCAGGAGGGGAAACCUACACAGAGGUCUGGGUUAAAGGAGCCAUGGAGGACACUGUCUACCUCCGGGUCGAAGGAACCACCGAUACCGACGUUGACUGGAAGCGCCGCAUUGAAAAGAUUGUUCGUGAAGGCUCCACUUGCUGCCUUAGUUUUGGUAUGGUCGAGUGCAAAUAG